AUUACGGUAGGAAGGAGGCCGUCCUCCUCCCCCCACUCAACCGCCGUUUCAGCUCAGCUCUACGCCGGCGAAGACUCCUCGAACAGCGGGUGCUAUUUGGCGCAGUUUCCUCUGUAUAAAGGCGUUCGGUUAUUUAUUUAUCGUCGAUUUAUUUUUUUAACUGUUUAUACUCUCGCGUUCAAAAUGAGCACAAUUAACGUAAAAAAGCUGAAAGUGAACGAGCUAAAAGAUGAGCUGAAGAAGCGCAAUCUCUCGGACAAGGGGCUGAAGGCCGAGCUGAUGGACCGCCUGCAGGCCGCGCUAGACGAGGAGGCCCUGGUCGGGGAUUCUUCCGCGGCCCAGGAGGGAGCGGAGGAGGAAGCCUUCGAACAGGCCGCCGAACAGGAGGUGAUGGGAGAGGAGGAGGAAGGCCCGGUAGAAGAGAGCAUGGAGGCCAACGAGGAGGAACAGGCGCAUGGGGAUGAAGGCAAUGGCGUAGCGGAUGACGAAGACAUGGGUGAGGGGGAAGAAGGGGACGAAGACGACGAGAUGCUGAAGGGAGAUGUGGACGACAUGGAGAAAAUUGACACGGAGGACGGUGAGCCCGGAGAGCCGGCUGCUGAUGGGGAUGCGGACAAAGACACGAAUGCUGAUCAGAAGAAUAAGAAGGGUGUUAAGAGACGCCGGGAGGAACAUGGAAGGGGCUACUUUGAAUUUAUUGAAGAGAACAAAUACAGCUGCGCUUCUUUCAAGUCUCCGGUUCCCCCUCUGGAGGAAGAAGACGAGCAGUUUGAUGACACUAAAGUCUGCUUGGAUACCUACAACUGCGACCUGCACUUUAAGGUGUCGCGAGACCGCUACAGUGCCUCGUCGCUCACCAUGGAGAGCUUUGCUUACCUCUGGUCUGGGGGCAAAGCCAACUAUGGCGUGAACAAAGGCAGAGCCUGUUUUGAGAUGAAGAUUACAGAGAAAAUUCCAGUGAAGCACAUAUCCAGCAAGAACAUGGAGAUUCAUGAUGUGCAGGUUGGAUGGUCUCUGGUCACUGGUUCACUGCUGCUAGGUGAGGAAGAGUUUUCCUACGCAUACUCUGGCAAAGCCAAAAAGACAACAAACUGCGUGACGGAAGACUUUGGUGAAACAUUCGAGGAGAAUGACGUCAUCUGUUGUCUCAUUGACUUUGAGGGUGAUGAGGUGGUGUUAUCCUUCUCCAAGAAUGGUGGAGAACCAGCUGUGGCCUUCCAGGUCAAAAAGGACUCUCUGAACGGCCAAGCGCUUUUCCCUCACGUCAUGUGCCACAACUGUGCUGUGGAGUUCAACUUCGGCCAGAUGGAGACGCCAUACUUCCCUGAGGUGGAGGGUUACACCUUCCUGCAGAAGAUCCCCGUCAGCGACAGAGUUUGCGGGCUGAAGGGACCGCAGACUAAAGCCGACUGCGAGAUCAUUGUGAUGGUUGGCCUGCCAGGCUCUGGGAAGACCACAUGGGUGAAGACCCACGUCCAGCAGAACCCUGGGAAGUACUACAUCUUAGGCAGCGACACUAUUGUGGACAAGAUGAUGAUCAACAGCCUUAAACGUCAGUCGAAGGACAUCACAAAGCUGACUGCCAUUUCCCAAAGAGCGCCGCUUUUCUUGGGAAAGUUUAUCGAGAUCGCAGCUCGCAAGAAGAGGAACUACAUCUUGGAUCAUACCAACCUGUCUGCUCCAGGUCAGAAGAGGAAGAUGUGUCUGUUCGCCGGAUUCCAGCGCAAAGCCGUGGUCGUUUGUCCUUCUGAUGACGAUUACAAGCAAAGGGUCCAGAAGAAAGUGGAAAGUGACAGCAAAGAAGUCCCUGAGCACGCUUUGCUAAAAAUGAAAGGCUUCUACGCUUUGCCGGAGGAGGGCGAAAGCUUCAGUGAAGUGAUCUACGCCGAGCUGCCCAAAGACGAGGCCUCCAAGCUGCUGGAACAGUACAAAGAAGAAAGCAAGACAGCUCUGCCCGCCGAGAAGAAGCCCAACCAGGGCAGCACCACCCCCAAACGAGGAGGUGGUGGCCAGCGCAGCGGCAACCGGGGGGGCAAGAACCAGUUUGGACGCAGCGGCCCCGGUCAGAGGGGAGGUGGUCGCGGCGGCUUCCAGAACAGGGGGAACUUCAGAGGGCCUCCCGCCCCCCGAGGAGGGUUCAGUCGGCCCCCUCGCGGCUUCCUGCCACCACCGGCUUUCAGGGGCGGGUUCCCCAACCGUGGAAACUUCAGCCGAGGCGGUGGCCCCAUUCCUAGCUUAGCUGUGUCCCACAGAGGCGGAUCCAUGAGAGGAAACAUGGGCCCCAGGGGAGGCCCCAUGAGCAGAGGAGGUCCCAUGAACAGAGGGAACAUGGGCAGAGGAGGAGGCGGCAACAUGAACCGCGGGGGGAACCGCGGUCACCACAGCCAGUUUCAGCCGAGAGGCGGUAACCGUGGCAACUUCGGCAACAAGAACAGAGACUUCGGCAACAACAGGAACAGUGGGGGCUUUGGCAACAGGAACGGGAUGGACAAGGCUCAAGCCUUCAACCAGAGCUGGCAGCAAGGGUUCUGGAACCAGAAACCGUGGAGCCAGCAUUAUCAGCCCGGAUAUUACUGAGAAACUUGUUCUCAUGGACUGGUGGCCGACAGGGGAGAAUCCACCGCUAGCCACGGAGCAUCCCAGCGCCCCCGCUGCUCUGAUUCUUCUUUUUUGUUUAGUUUUUUUUAAAAAACCCACUUUUAAAGUUUGACAACCCGCCACCUGACUUUCAGACUGAGAGAACACCGAGCAACAACAUUCCACCAGAGAAAGCAGUCGGCAGGCGCGGGUUCCGGCUCAUCCACUUAUUUUUUUUUUCAUGAAUGUUUUAUAUUUUCAACCACUUUUAAAUGAUUUUAAACCAACUUUAUUGGGCAACCUCAAUGGGACAGAUGUACUGUUUUCUUUGUUUUUUUUCUUCUUCUUUUUUUUAAUUGUAAAUAUAUUUUUUGAGUAGUUUGUCAGAAUUGUGAGGAAUGGAAAGAUUGGAAGGAACCUGGCGUUUUUCUGCAGGGAAGCAUGGUAGAAUAUUCAAACGUCUAGACUGUUUUCUGUCUGUAGUUUGCUGUCGAACCGUUUAAAUUGAACAAAAUUUAACCAUUAUUUUUUGUUUUGUUUACAUCAUCAAACCUGUAUCCAACUUAACAAUAAACAUCUGGUUGUUUUUUUUUUUUACAUACUUCCUGCCUUAUGACUUUUGAUUUGUUCAAAGGUGUGUUAAAGAACCUUUGACUUUAAAAAAACAUGGAUAAAAUCCCUUAAUUCUCACAUUUAAUUAAGUGUUGUAGUUUGUAGUUUUUAGCUCUUCUAAUGUUCAUUGCUUUGGGAAAGUGAUUGGCCUCGGCCAUUUUCAGGAUAGAACUAAGCCAUUUUCUUUCAAUUACAGAUUUUUUGUUUUUUAAAUAUAUCUCCAGUUAUUUAUUUUUUUUUAGAUUUAUGCUUCAUUCUCAGGAGAAAGUGUGUGUAUUUUUCCUUCAGCAGUUCCUUUAGGUGCAGUAGAGUGAUUUGUCUCGUUACUGACUCCGCCCCUUUUUACUAUAAACGCUGGAUUUAGCACAGGAAGGGAAGUAGCUCAUUUCCACCAGCACGUUCAAGGGCUACAGAGCGUCCCACCUCCACUUCAUCGUGCAAACUGAAGGAAGUGGCAGCUUCUUUUGUUAUUUUUUUUAUUAUUCCUGAGGUGUUGCUUUAUUUUGAAGUGUUGGGGCCUUUUCCUGUCGACAGAGGCAGCUCCCCAUUCAAAUGUUUCUCCUCUAUUUCACCUUUUUUCUUUUUAUUCUGAUAAAGCAGGAUACAAAUCUCACUAAAGCAGAAACUACAUUUUGAUGUACUUAAUAUGAAACCUGUAAAUACUAAAAUCAAUAUUUCAGUCCUGCAUGAAUGUUUAUUAAUGAACUUGCUAAUAAAUGUGGUUGAAGGAUCA